CCCAUCAGAGAAACUGGCUCAAAGAGUUGCUAUGAAGUGCCCUGGACCUCCAGAGAGCUCGAGACUUGUCUCCUGCCUGGAAAAUGCCUUAGCCAGAGAGGCUAGGAUUUGGAAAGUGCCAGUUUUCCAGACUCUCACCCUGAAGGGCACAGAUAUCUCUCUGUCCUGUUACAAGAAAGCAGUUCUCUGGAUUGCAGAAAUAAGCUCUCAGUUCCAGUUUCACCCUGAAACAUUUGCCUUGGCUACCAGCAUCUUUAACCGGCUAUUGGCAUCGGUGAAGGCCCAAUUAAAAUAUCUUCAGUGCAUAGCAAUUUCCUGCCUUGUCCUUGCAGCAAAAACCAACGAAGAAGACGAGGUAAUACCAUCGGUGAGGAUGCUUGCAGUGCAGAGUGGUUGUAAACGCUCUCCAGCUGAGAUCUUGAGAAUGGAAAGAAUCAUACUAGAUAAGCUUCACUGGGAUCUUUACACAGCAACACCCAUGGAUUUCUUAAACAUUGUAAGCACUAAGUUUUUGCAAUUUUUAAUUUUUUUUUUCUUUAAAGAAACAGCUCCUUAAUCAAAGAAGACUAGAAAACACAGAUGCACACACAUACACACACCCACACAUCCUUCCCAAGCUACAACGACCUGUUCUUAGCUAUCUCCAAGUCUUUUGA